AUGCUUCACCUCGUGUGGACGAACGACCCUGCUCAGUCCGGAUGGUUCAUCCGGAAAAUGCAGGUUUAUCGCAACACGCGCUGGGAGCAGGGCAGGGCGUAUGUGUACAUCCUGGAGGGCUUGCCGUAUGAUCCGCCAGCGUUCUCUCGCGUGGCGAUGCCUGCUGACAUCACGGUCGGCGCGGCGCCUGCAAUUUUGCGUCAGGAGUUCAUUGCACAGCAUCGCGCAGAACAGUGCACACAUCAGCUCAUGCCCUGGCAUCGCCGCAACGACCUCCCGUUCGCUUCCGCAUCGUUCGAGAGGGGCAUCUACAAGUCUUUCCGGCGUGCCAACCAAGCGCCGCUUGUCUUGCGCGCCUAUGUAGUAGCCUUCUGGCUAUACGGGGUCGAGUUUCCGCUCAUCAACGGCACUCAGAUGCCAUGGUUGGCGCCCCAGAAUGACGAGGGGGUACGCUGGUACCACGAGCACGUGGUAGCGUGGGCCCGUCAGAGCAUUUUGACCGGCAAUGCUAUCGACGGACCGUGGUGGGACUGCAACGCACGUGCUUGGGCAUUUCGGCAGGGGAGCACCGUCAUCAUUUCGGAAGAAGGAAUGGAGGACAUUUCUCCUCUGGCCCCUCCAGUUGCACCCUUUCCGCCGCCUGCGGACGAGCAGGAUGGCGAUGACGAGUAG